CGUCAAGGCCUGAGUGCCUCUACUGACUUCCCGAAGCUUGUACAUCGAGAGCACCAUCGCCGAAUUUUGUACCACGUACGUCACGUCCACAAGUACAAACCAAGACCAAGAACAUGGCUACGCCGUGGAUUAUAUGGAGCACCGUGUCGAGUGCUGCAAAAUUAUCGACGGUUCUACAAAUCCUGCUUUUCUUACCGCUGACACUUGCGACACUUUCAACACAAGCAUUUCUAUUGCUAUCCUUGCUGCUAUUCAUCCAUUCGCUCAUACAUGGAACUAUGCUACUUUUCUGGAGAUGGCCAUCGCUAUCCGUCCUGCAGGUCCCCAUGCACCCCUUCUUGCUUCUCGUAUGCUUCAACAUCUUCUCGCAAAGCGUGUCCCCGAUCCUCAUAACGGCGGCAAAUUGGUGGGGCAAGUUCCUUAGUUGGAGCAGUCCGUGCUUUGUCGUCAUGGAGGGUUUAAGUAGCUUGCUUGUCGCACAGAAGCUUGGGCGAAUCGGACGUGAACUCGCGGGUGAAGGGGAGGGGUACCAGUUCGGCCUUCUGGUAGCUUCUGCAGUGGCAUAUGUUGGUGCAGCAUGGCGUAUUGGCGCAUCAUAUCCUUCCGUAGCCACGUCUCCAUUAUCUUCAACUCUACUGGGCUCGGCUUUGACCGCAUUUAUUUUCCUCACUCUCAUUGGGUUCAGCUUGCGACGCACGAAUGUCAUUGAAUCAUCUGCUUUAGCACUAUUCUUGGCAUACAAUCUUUGGCUCUGUGGGUUUGAUGUCGGUUCAAUAUCAGGACCUUCCUCUUCAUACGCACCAUUGUUAUCCAACAUCCUUCCCCACAUUCAAACGUUAAUGAACUUUGUAACCAAUACACUUCCAAAGCCUGUUCUGUUUGCCUUGGCAUAUCGAUUGACCGUAUUGCAUCUUGCAUCAUAUAUUCUUCCAACGAUUGGCGCCGAUAGCUGGGAUAGUGAGGAUGGUGUGGAUGAUGGAUGGAAUGGGCGUCCAACUAGCAGAUUGACACAUAUUCUUCUCACGUAUAGACAAGCCAUUCUAGUGACUGUAUACUCCUCUCUUCUACUGUUGGACCAGUCUUCCCAGGUGUGGUGGCGAUGGAUGAACAUCUUCCUCACCCUUGUCAUUUGGUCUGUGGAGCUGGUUGUGACCACCGAGGACGAAGCCGAUCCCAUGGGAGAGAAAUGGAAAGUUGAUUGAUCGUGACUGUUUCCGCAUCCUGCAUUUAGGGAUACCCCAUUUGAAUGAAAACGAUGGACAAUCAGUUUCGUGCAGCACGCAAUCAUUGUACCAUUUACGUAGCAGCCCUGUUUUCUUAAACUCUCCAAGCUUUAAAUCCU